AUGAUGAAUGGAACAAUAAAGAAAUUAUCAGAAGAUGUGGAGAUUUAUAUAUUUUUCAAGCUCCCAAUGAAAUCUAUUAUGCGAUUCAAAUGUGUUACUAAAACUUGGUGCAAUCUCAUGCAAUUGUUUAGUUUCAUCAAUCUUCAUCAUAACUACACCUCUUCAAAAAAAGACGAAUUCGUUCUAUUUAAACAAUCAUUGAAAGAACAAAAUGUAUUUACAAAUCCUUUAUCUUUUCUCCGAACUCCUAAUGGUGAUGAUGAUCUUGAUUAUAUUACUCGUGAUCUAGAGGUGCCAUAUCUGUCCACCGGUUAUGGUAGUAUCUUUCAUCAAUUCAACGGUCCUUGCCAUGGUUUGAUUGUUUUAACAGAUUACGUAAACUUUGUUAUAUUAAAUCCAGCUACAAGAAACUAUCGGCUUCUCCCAAAAAGUCCUUUUGUUUGCUCUCGUGGUUUCUAUCGUGCCAUUGGAGGUGUUGGAUUUGUUUAUGACGCGAUCCAAAGGACCUAUAAGGUAGUUAGAAUUUCAGAAAUUUCAGGGGAAGAACCAUUCAAUGACCCUAGUGUGGUGGAUUGGAUAGGGGAGGUUUAUGAUUUUAGCGUUGAUUCGUGGAGAAAUCUACCGUUUGGGGAAGAAGAAUUUCCUUGGCCUUAUAACUGCCCUUUUGCGGAAAUGUAUUACAAGGGCGUUUUCCAUUGGUAUGCCCAUAGAAAUUUGGUGGCAAUUCUUUGUUUUGAUUCUAGCACUGAAGUUUUUCGCAUAAUGCAAGUGCCUGAAAUAUGUUCCUUGUAUGACGAGAAGGUUCAUUGGCUCACGAUCUUAGAUGAGUGUUUAACAUUUAUUUGCUACCCUGACCCGCGAAGGGUAAGUAGUCCACUACAAGAAAUAACUGAUAUUUGGAUAAUGAAAGAGUAUAAUGUGAACGACUCUUGGAUUAAGAAAUUUACAAUAAGAUGUCCACCUAUUGAAUCCCCGUUGGCUAUUUGGAACGACAGUUUAUUGCUUCUUCAAGAUAAAAGGGGAAUUGUGAUUUCAUAUAAUCUAAACUCUGACAAAGUGGAAGAAUAUAAAUUACAUGGUUAUCCAGGGAGUUUGAGAAUUAUAGUUUAUAAAGAGAGCUUGAUGUCAAUCCCUAAAGGUAGCACACAAGUUGAAAAUUAUUAG